AAUGUAUCAAAUCAAGGUUGGAAAUAUAAAUAAAGAUUUUGAAGUUGGAAAUAUGAAUAAAGAUGAGAUUCAUUAGAUACUAGCAAAAUAUGCCUUUAAAUGUGAAAUCUGUUUUACAGAAGAAUCUGAAUAAUAAAUAAAAAAUGAAGUAAGACUUGUAGCUGCCAAAGUUACUUCAUAAUAACCUAUAAGAAAAUCUUAUAUUGUAGUUUGCCCAGAUCAUUUCUAAAAUAUUGAAGACGCUCUUGAAAAAUUCUUAUCUAUUUCAAAGAUAAAAUACUCAGUUUAAUAAAUAGAUAUUAAAAAGGCUAAACUUGUAACAAUACCAGAUAUAAAUCUAAGAGAGGCCAUUCAAUCUAUAUAAAAUAAUUACUGUUGUAGGAUACUCAAAUUAAGACUUUCAAAAACAGAUACAUAAAUAUAAAUGCUUAAUUCUGAUAAUCUGGAAUAGACUAUAGAAAAUGCUUUUGAAUAAAAAAAGAAAGUGCUUGAAACAACUUAAAAAAAAUUCAAAUAUUAUGUUGAAAAUUAAGACAAGAUGAGCAUGAGAUAGAAAUUUUUAAUUUAUCAUUAUUACUUAAGAUUAUAAAGAAAAUCAAAAUUGCCUUAAAUUAACCUUACAUUAAAAGAUGACUAAGAAGUUGGUACACUUUCAAUGUCUGUAUCUAUUCCAUUUCCAGACCUAGAAUCUGAUUGAAC